AUGAGAAAAGAUAAAUCCUUUCAAUUAAAUCAUCGUGUUCGUUUACGCAUUUUACCAUCAAUUCAAACGUCAACUAGUCAAUCAACUGAAAUAUGGCCAGUUAAACCAUCAAAUUCAUUAAAUUAUAGAUGGAAACUUUCAAAUGCAAUUGAUAAAUUUCUUCAUCCAAAUUGUUCACCACCUUGUAAUCCAGACGUUGGUAUCUGGCAGAUAACACAACAAAAUGUAAACAGUCUAUCAGUCACAUGGGCUCAACUUUCAUUGCUUCAAGAACAAGGAAAAUCGCAAACAGAUAUACCAGAUGAAAAUUUGUCUAACUGUCCGUGGGAAAAAUUUGAUCAUUUACAAAAUUUACUUAUUUUUGCACCAACUUUAGUUUCAGCUCAGAAAAAUCUAGGUCUUGUCACUGGUCUUGCUAACGAUGGUCAACUCUAUCUAUCGCCUUGGUCAGCACCUUCGAAUCAUUUUAGAGCACACAUCGAAUCAUCUGAACUUGGAAUAGUUGAAGCGGCUGUAGUUGAUCGUAUGGGAAGUUGUGCACGCCAUACAAAUAAGUUCGAAGGUCAAGAACUGAUGGGACAAUCAAUGCAAAACAGAUUCUCUUCAUUCUCAAGUUUAGAUAAUGAUGUGAUUAUGAAUUUCACAGUAUUUACGGGUGAAGGUUUUCGACGUAAAAUAGUAAAUGAUGAUACUUUGGCAACAAUGUCUCGAGGCAAUGUUCAUUUAUAUGAUAUAAGUGGUAGACAAGUAGGUUCAUCACAUUGGAUUGGUUUAGAGAAAGAUAAAUCAACAAUAUUUGGUAUCAUUAUUGGCAAUUCUGUUCAACCAUCAAGUCAUAAAUUUCAUAUAACGGAUAAUCCAGAAAAGAAUGUGGGUGUUCAAUUUUCAAUAUAUGUGGCUGGAUCCAAUCCACAACUGCCAACAAAUUUCAAUCAUCGCGUAGUAAUGCACUUUAGCGCAGAUCAUGGUCGACCAUGGACAGGAGGACAUAGUCUAGUAGAUAGAUGGCUACUAAUUUCAGCUUUGGAUGAUUACCUUAGACCUCAUUGUAUGGGAAGCAUGAUAUGUAGAAAUGAUAUGGAUAUUAUUUUACUUACACUUAACUAUCAAGAAGCUCCACCAAUUUUCAUACCUGGACCUGGAUUUGAAGGUAAUCAUGAGACGUUUAUUCCAAAUUAUGAAAAUAAAAGAGAAUAUAAAGAUUUGCUUGAUAUUGGUCCAUCUAUUUCAUCGUCAUCAUCAUCCUCAUCAUUAUCAUCGUUAUCAACUUCAUCUAUACAGGAUGAAAUGAAUGGAUCAAGAAUAAUUCUACUUGGGACUCUUUUACCAGUUUGUAUAUCAUUUAUUAUACUAUUAUUAGGUAUAUUAGCAUUUGUAUGGUAUCGUAAAAAUGGUAGAUCAUGUACAGAUGGAUUAACAUCGCAUACAUCCAUUGUUAAUAGUGGACAUAGUGUUGUAAAUCUAGAAACUGAAAAAAUGUUAACAACAAUAACUAGUCCAAAAAAAUUGACAAGCAAUGGUCGUCAGUCAAAGAAUACAAAACCAGAUAAUAUGAACAGUGGAAACACUUCAAAUGGAUCUGAUAAAACAUGUUUAUCCCCUACAAAACCAAUGAUAUUAAUUAAUGAACGACCACCGUUUACACCACCGGACUAUAAUCCAGGAUUUACUGACUCCACGGACAGACUACCUAUGACACAUUUAUCUCAAUCACAAAUUCCAUUACAAAAUACUAAUGAAACAUUAAUUCCUGGAAUGAUGGAUAAUAGACAGAAUCAGACAAAAACAAGUUUUACUUUACGACCUAAUCCAUAUAGAAAUUUACCUCCAGCAAUUGAAACAAAACCAGGAAUGCCUUCUCCUGCCUCACAAAUUCCCUAUGCACCAUUUCGUAAAAUUAUGACGUUCCCUAAUUCAUCAACUGAUCACAAACAAUAG